AUGAAUGGAAUAUCCAUAGGCCACCCGCACCCCAGACCCUGUUCGGGUGGGAAAACGCUAAGGAGGUGCAGGAAUUACGAGGAAGGUGAUAAUGUUAUUGUGAUAGAUGUGGAUGCCGACAAUUUCGACAACGUUGUUAUCGUUGAUACUCCCGAACGACCCCCCAAAACGCGACCUUCAGAAGGCACAAAUAAAAAAGACCAAAAGUGGUCAUUUACGAACGUGAUAUGCAUAGAUGACGAUGAAAACUGUGAGGCUAGUCAUUCUUUUGAUGCGAAGGCUGCCGGAUUUUCGGCUGGAGCUGCCUCUUCUGAUGGAGAAUCUUAUCGUGUCAAUAUGAAACAUUCCGCGGGCAAAGAAUCUAAAUGUGGUCAGGAUGUUACACCUCCUGUGCGAUUAUCAAAUUGCAAGCGUACUUAUUCAGGAAAUGGCUCCACAAGAAACCGUUACGGGUUGGAUUUUGACUAUGAAAGUGAUUCAACAGAUAGUGACUAUCCCGAUUGUGAGUUGGUGGAAGAUUCUUCAGGGAAAGUUCAAGAACAGUGGGAAAAGGCUUCCUCCAGGAGAAAGAAGGAUCUUCAAAACAGUCAUCCAGCUAUUUGGUAUCGUUAUAGCUCGUCAAGGGGUGACCACCGUUACAAUUUUGAAAUGGAUGAUGUGGCUGGGCAAGGGAAGACCCCGUCCGGUUCUUGUACAGGGAAAUUCAAUAACCGAAAGGAUCCAUCAUGUUCUGGAAAAGAAGAAGGUUUUAAAUUUUGCAAAAACCGGGCAUUUGGUGCAAGAGCCGAACAUGAGCCAGGAGUGAAUUGGGAAAGCCCAUUUUCGUGUACUUUUCCUCCCUCUGAGAAGUCGCAUAAGGAAUUCGAUCAAUCAAAAAGUGCUUCUGAUGAUGUGGAAGCUUCUGAAGUCGAACCCUGUUACUCAAAAUCCAAAUCAGGUGCACAUGAAGACUCCUCUUGUGGCAAAUCUAGUCCAGCAGAGGAUGAAGCCACCUCUUAUGUGAGUAAAAGGUCAUUUGAAACUAAGGGCAAUCUCCGUGAACCUUUUUCAGGUCAUUGCAGUAAGAAUUUCCCAGACUUCAUCACGGAUAAUACCAAUAGCAGGGAGAAUAUAAAAUCCAGGAAGCUGCAUGAAACUGGGAAGUCUAAAGAGAUGGAUAAUUUAAUGCCUAAAAGAUGUGAAUUAAAGAGUUCUACGCUAUCUUCUAAGCAAACGGAUCACAGUUCAUCUCUUUUAUCCGGUGAUUUGGGAACAGAAUUCCACAAUAUCGACAGUCAACAGACCCCCGACAAGUCAUCAUUCAGAAAUUGUAUUAAUGAAGCUAAUGUACAAGAGGAUAAUGCAGCAUCAAACGUUGAACUGGAGAAGGACAGUCGAAGUGGAGAAACUCUGCCUUCUGGUGGGUCAUGCAUACUCUUUGUUCGGGAAAAACAAAAGGAAACAGAUGAAUAUAAAAGAAUAAUGGAGGCAGAAUGGGCUUCCCGCAAACAAGCUCUUGAAGUUCAGGCUGAAGAAGCUAAACGUCUGAAGCGGUUGCACAAGAGAAGAGUAAAUGAGAGCAAGCGGUUGCUGGAUGUGGAGAGAAGAACGAAACAGCGGGUAGAGGAAGUUCGGAAUAGUGAGAGGAAGGAUAAGGAAAAUAUGAACUUGAAGGAGAGAAUACGUGAAGAAGUUAGGACAGAGCUCAAGAAACUGGAAGGCCAUAAUCUGGCUUCACUGUUGCACUCGUUGGGGAUUCAUGUGGGUGGGUGGCCAAAUCCUGCGCCACAAGAG